AUGAUUGGUCGCCUUCCAGCUAUUGUUAUAGAUAAUGGCACGGGGUACUCAAAAAUUGGUUACGCUGGGAAUACAGAACCCCAAUCAAUCAUCCCUUCUUGCAUUGCGGUGAAGGAAUACAGUAAAGUUGGCACGAGAGAAGUCAGACGUCUUGGGACGGGUUUAGAUGAUUUAAAUUUCUACAUAGGAGAUGACGCAUUAGCCCUUGAUGGGAAGAAUGAUUUUUCAGUGAAGUGGCCUAUUCGUCAUGGUAUAAUUGAAGAUUGGGAUUUGAUGCAACGUUAUAUGGAACAGCUUAUUUUUAAGCUUCUUCGAGCAGAGCCUGAAGAUCACUACUUCCUUUUGACUGAACCACCGCUCAAUACGCCAGAGAAUCGUGAAUACACAGCUGAAAUCAUGUUCGAAACAUUUAAUGUUCCUGGGCUUUACAUAGGUGUUCAGGCUGUAUUGGCAUUAGCUGCCUCGUGGUAUUCAAAUCGGGUUGGUCGUUCACUCACUGGGACUGUAAUCGAUUCUGGUGAUGGUGUCACACAUGUUAUUCCUGUGGUCGAUGGUUAUGUGAUUGGAUCUUGCAUUAAACAUAUACCGAUUGCUGGACGUGAUAUCACUUCUUUCAUUCAACACUUACUUAGAGAUCGCGAAACCAAUAUCCCACCUGAAUUAAGUAUGGAGGUUGCAAAGCAAAUUAAGGAACGUUAUUCAUAUGUUUGUCCUGAUUUACCCAAAGAAUUCGCUAAAUAUGAUAGUGAACCCGAUAAGUGGAUUAAACCUCAUGUCGUUUCAAAAUCUGCAAAGUAUCCAGCCUUUUCUGUUGAUGUUGGUUAUGAACGUUUUCUAGGUCCAGAAAUAUUCUUUCAACCUGAAUUUGUAAAUCCAGACUUUACAACUUCACUGAGUGAUGUUGUGGAUGAAGUGAUUCAGAAGUCACCUAUCGAUUCACGUCGUGGACUAUAUGGGAAUAUUGUUUUAUCUGGAGGCAGUUCAAUGUUUAAGCACUUAGAUCGUCGUUUACAAAGAGAUAUAAAACGACAUGUUGAUAAUCGUUUGAAGAUGACUGAAGAACUUACUGGUGGACGAGUGAAGCCUAAGUCAAUAGACGUCAAAGUGGUUUCACAUCCAAUGCAACGUUAUGCCGUAUGGUUCGGAGGAUCAUUACUUGCUAAUGAAAGUGAAUUCUAUAAUGUAUGCCAUACUAAAGCUCAAUAUGAAGAAUUCGGUCCAGCAAUAUGUCGUCAUAAUCCAGUAUUUGGUACAAUGACUUAAUUGUGUGAUGACCUGAAGCAUUGCCCUUAUUAUUGUUAUUAUUAUUGUUACUGUUAUUUGGAUCUGAUUUCAUUUAUUCUUUUUAAGUUUUAAUAAUUUAAUGGAUGUAUGUGCUGUUGAACAACAGCUGACGACAUCAUGGUGUUUCUUUAUCAAUUAGCCUAAUCUUCAAAGUCAUUUCUUAACAAUGAAGUUUUUUAACGUAAUU